UCGGCCGCGGAGACGGCGCCGCUGGUGCUGGGGGGGAUGGGUCCGACCCUGGGGGGCCGCUCGGGCCUGACUCCACCCGGGCCUGGAGUUGUAGGGAGAGAGGCGCGCCCGGUCUUAGCAGAGGGGGCCCGCCUGCGGCGGGCCGCGGGCCCCGGGUGCCUCGGGGGCGCUGACGGGUCGUCCCCGGCGUGUUAUUGUUGUGGGCGCCUCUGGCGGGGGUGGCGGGGGAAGAGAUAAGGAGUCGGGAGAUAGGGGCUGCAGCUGUCUCAUGGGCUCGGCUUUUUCACCUUCCAGUUAGCCUCCCCGCCCCCCAUGGGGAGCUGGGGCUGGGGGCAGGGUGCUCUUGUAGGGGGGAUUGGGAAAGCUCCCCGUGGCCGCUUCCUCUUCCUCCUUUGCAGUCCCGGGCUCCUGUCAGGCGCUCUUCUCAGACCACCGGGAACUUGGCUCCGGCCGCCCCGCCCCUCCGUGGAUCCCUGUAGCCCCCGCCCCGGACUCGGCUUUCCCCCGCUGCUCGCUUGUCAGGAAGCGCCUGGGGUGCCCAGCUUGUGGGAAGCGCGAUCCCGGGGCAAUAGGGUGGGGAUCUGGGGGAGAAGCUCUGGUAAAGUUUAGCGAGCCCCGGGCCGGCGUUGGGGUUCGGCUGAGAGGUAGCGGGGGGGGAGUCAGCCUGGGCGGGACGUUACUCUUUCUCUCUGAUUCCGGGCAGCCGAGGGGAGAAACCCCCUCGAAGAGUGUGUCUUUGGAAGCAGUGUUGGGAGGGGGGGAUGCAGCUGCCACUCUCCCUUCUCUUGCCUUGGCUGGGGUGGAGGGUGAGAGGAGCCUUUGGGGGUCUCUGCACACACCAUGAUGGCGAUGCUGUAGCUGAUGGAGAACAACCAAAUGCCAGAUUUGAUUCUGUAGAGUUUUUCCUGUGGAAUAUCCUCACCGAAAGAGCUUUUCUCCUAGUAACUUCACAAUGUUUACACUCCAAGAUUCGUACAUUAAGCAAAUGGUUAUGAGCCUUAGAGUUUCUGAACUCCAAGUACUGUUGGGCUACGCUGGGAGAAACAAGCACGGACGCAAACACGAACUUCUCACAAAAGCCCUGCAUUUGCUAAAGGCUGGCUGUAGUCCUGCUGUACAAAUGAAAAUUAAGGAACUCUAUAGGCGGCGGUUCCCGCAGAAAAUCAUGACGCCUGCAGACUUGUCCAUCCCCAACGUACAUUCAAGUCCUAUGCCAGCAACUUUGUCUCCAUCUACCAUUCCACAACUCACUUACGAUGGUCACCCUGCAUCAUCGCCAUUACUCCCUGUUUCUCUUCUGGGACCUAAACAUGAACUGGAACUCCCACAUCUUACAUCAGCUCUUCACCCAGUCCAUCCGGAUAUAAAACUUCAAAAAUUACCAUUUUAUGAUUUACUGGAUGAACUGAUAAAACCCACCAGUCUAGCAUCAGACAACAGUCAGCGCUUUCGAGAAACCUGUUUUGCAUUUGCCUUGACACCACAACAAGUGCAGCAAAUCAGUAGUUCCAUGGAUAUUUCUGGGACCAAAUGUGACUUCACAGUACAGGUCCAGUUAAGAUUUUGUUUAUCAGAAACCAGUUGUCCACAAGAAGAUCACUUCCCACCCAAUCUUUGUGUGAAAGUGAAUACAAAACCUUGCAGCCUUCCAGGUUACCUUCCACCUACAAAAAAUGGCGUGGAACCAAAGCGACCCAGCCGACCAAUUAAUAUCACCUCACUUGUCCGACUGUCCACAACAGUACCAAACACGAUUGUUGUUUCUUGGACUGCAGAAAUUGGAAGAAACUAUUCCAUGGCAGUGUAUCUUGUAAAACAGUUGUCCUCAACAGUUCUUCUUCAGAGGUUACGAGCAAAGGGAAUAAGGAAUCCGGAUCAUUCUAGAGCUUUAAUUAAAGAGAAGUUGACUGCGGAUCCAGACAGUGAAAUAGCUACAACCAGCCUAAGGGUUUCUCUACUAUGUCCACUUGGUAAAAUGCGGCUGACAAUUCCGUGUCGAGCCCUUACAUGUUCUCAUCUACAAUGUUUUGACGCAACUCUUUACAUUCAGAUGAAUGAGAAAAAACCGACCUGGGUUUGUCCUGUCUGUGAUAAGAAGGCUCCAUAUGAACACCUUAUUAUUGAUGGCUUGUUUAUGGAAAUCCUAAAGUACUGUACAGACUGUGAUGAAAUACAAUUUAAGGAGGAUGGCACUUGGGCACCGAUGAGAUCGAAAAAGGAAGUACAAGAGGUUUCUGCCUCUUACAAUGGAGUCGACGGAUGCUUGAGCUCCACAUUGGAGCAUCAGGUAGCAUCUCACCACCAGUCCUCAAAUAAAAACAAGAAAGUAGAAGUGAUUGACCUAACCAUAGACAGUUCAUCUGAUGAAGAGGAAGAAGAGCCAUCUGCCAAGAGGACCUGUCCUUCUCUAUCUCCCACAUCACCACUAAAUAAUAAAGGCAUUUUAAGUCUUCCACAUCAAGCAUCUCCAGUAUCCCGCACCCCAAGCCUUCCUGCUGUAGACACAAGCUACAUUAAUACCUCCCUCAUCCAAGACUAUAGGCAUCCUUUCCACAUGACACCCAUGCCUUAUGACUUACAAGGAUUAGAUUUCUUUCCUUUCUUAUCAGGAGACAAUCAGCAUUACAACACCUCCUUGCUUGCCGCUGCAGCAGCAGCAGUUUCAGAUGAUCAAGACCUCCUACACUCGUCUCGGUUUUUCCCGUAUACCUCCUCACAGAUGUUUCUUGAUCAGUUAAGUGCAGGAGGCAGUACUUCUCUGCCAACCACCAAUGGAAGCAGUAGUGGCAGUAACAGCAGCCUGGUUUCUUCCAACAGCCUAAGGGAGAGCCAUAGCCACACCGUCACAAACAGGAGCAGCACGGACACGGCAUCCAUCUUUGGCAUCAUACCAGACAUUAUUUCAUUGGACUGAUUCCCAGGCCCUGCUGCUCCCAUCCCCACCCCAGAUCAAAUGAACUUGGCAGAAAGAAGAGAACUUUGUGCUCUGUUUUACCUUACUCUGUUUAGAAAAGUAUACAAGCGUGUUUUUUUUCCUUUUUUUAGGGAAAAAAUUAAAAGAAAUGUACAGAGAACAAAA